GCUCUAUAAAGUUCACACCAAAGCGAUUAUUGGAGAGGCUCUUUUUUUUUUUUUAAUUUCAAAUUAAAUUUAUAUUUUAGUUUUUUUAAUUAUUAUUAUUAUUAUUAUUUUGCUUUAGAGUGUUCAGUGUUUACGAUGGCGUGUUCGGCGAUUCUGAGCUCCUACGUGGCAGGGAUCGCGCCACGUGUCGGCCUGGGAAGGCCUGCUUUGGUGCCACGUAAGCAUGCGUUGCGUGUGCGCUGCGCUGGUGAUCAGCAGAAAAUACAGGAUUCGGCGCCGACAACCCCUCCAUCGCCGACUUCUACUGGACCCACCACUGCACCAAAACCUCAGCCCAAGGUGAGCACCAAAUUCUCGGACGUGCUGGCGUUCAGCGGGCCGGCGCCGGAGCGGAUCAACGGGCGGCUGGCGAUGGUGGGGUUCGUGUCGGCGGUGGCGGUCGAGGUGGCGAAGGGCGACGGCAUCUUCGCGCAGCUGUCGAACGGCGGCGUGCCGUGGUUCCUCUUCACCGCCGCGCUGCUCUCCGUCGCGUCCCUCGUCCCCUUAUUCCGAGGCGAGAGCGUGCAGUCGCGUUCCGGCGCGGUCAUGAGCGCCGACGCCGAGCUCUGGAACGGCAGGUUCGCCAUGCUAGGGUUGGUGGCGUUGGCCUUCACCGAGUACGUUAAGGGAGGGCCCCUUGUGUAAAAUGUAAUAAAUUAAACUAAACGUAUAUACGUGUGAUUUUAUGUUCAUGCAGUGUUGUAUACUGCAUGUAUAUGCGUACGUACAAUUGUGCAAAAGUACUACGUACCUAAAAAAUAAUUAGGGCCUGUUUGGGUACUUUUCAAAAUAAAAUAAUAAUUCAAUUUACGGUGUAUUAUUUACAACUCUUGAAAUAUUAUAAAGGGUUUCUGUUUGGAUA